AUGGCCCUGCCAUCCAACAUACAAUCCGAAACACUUACUGUCAACGACAGUAAGCUUGUCUCCGGCUGCUACAUGCUCCUCCAUGGAAGAAACGGUGUUAUCAUUUCUCGUAUAGAAACGCAACGCCAUAUGCCCCGCGACCGGAACCAUGGCGUGGAGGAACGAUCAGGGCAGAAGCCAUGGACGCGCAUACCGACGAACGCAGUUCUAAGUGCCCUGAGAGCGGAAACAAGACAACUGAUAACCAUAAUUCAGAAGCUGAAGGGUUUAUCGCCCGAGGCAGCUGCCGACCAUUUGAAAUCAAUCUCCAUCAACGAUGAGGGUCGGGUUGUGAACCAUCCACUCUCAAUGCUGACACCUCUGAGCAGCGAAGAGCAACCUGGGGCAACCCAUCAAAAUGAUAAUGAGAGUAAUGAUACAUUCUCAGAUGGAGACCUCGACACGUCUCCUUUUAUUUCCGUCAAUGAAUACGGGACCAUCGAUAGCUUUGGCCCUUCGUCGGCUUUGCAAGUCUCGACAAAGCUCCCAGCACACUCUAACUCCAUGAACCUCGAAAAUAUCCGAAAUAGCUUGAUAGCCAACGCGGUUUUAAAACGGCAAGGCGAAUAUGAGCUUUAUUCAUUUCCCGAUCUGGACGGGGUUGCCACUGAUCUUGGCAUGCACCUUCUCGAGCUUCACUGGAAUCGCCAGCACCAUACUUUCCUUCUGACCUACAGACCAGCCAUUAUGCGUGAUCUCCGACAAGACGGCCCAUUCUCGUCCAAGUUCUUGCUCAACGCAAUCUUCGCCUGCUCGAGCAAGUUCUCGCGAAGACUUGAGGUGCGCGAUGACCCUGAGGACCCGACGACUGCCGGUGGCCGUUUCUUUCGCCGAUGUGAUGACCUGCUGUCACAGGAGUCGCUCCUGAUGGAACCUAGCAUGCCCACCGUUGUAGGAUUGCUACUACUUGGUUCCACAUUCAAUGCUCGUGGCAACACCUCAAAGGGCUGGCUGUACACUGGGUAUGCACUACGGAUGGUGUAUGACUUGGGUUUACAUUUAGACAGGAAGGUUACAGAGGAGAAUGCUGAAGAUAUAGAAAUCAGAAGACGGGUAUUUUGGGGCGCUUUCAUAUGCGAUAAGCUUCAAAGUUUGUACCUCGGGCGUCCUGUGGGCAUCCAGCUACGAGACGCACAUGUGUCGUAUGAGCUGAUUGACACCAUGGAAGAGAAAGAAACAUGGAUACCGUACUUGGACCUUAUGGCGCCCGGUGGUGUUACACCAUCAGCAUUCGCGCGCGGAACGCCGAUAUACUCAGUUACUUGUUUCCAGCAGCUUUGUCGACUUUCUAUAAUCAUGACGAAGAUUAUAAACAAAUUCUAUGUUAUUGGUGCGACUGCAGCAUCCGCGAGGGCUAAUGUCCAAGCCUACGAUGACGCUCUGGUCAAAUGGAAUACCGACCUUCCGACAGAGCUCCGAUACGAUCCUCUUGCUGAAGUAGUGCCCAGUUCUCGUCUUCCAGCGCCUACCGUGAUGAAUCUACACGGAAUCUACCACGCACUGAUCAUACUUCUUCAUCGACCUUUGAUUGCCGAUGGCCAUCUCCGCUCCGCAGCUGGGAUAUUACCAUCUUGGCAAAGAUGCACAAGAGCGGCUGCAAAUAUAACAAAGAUUGCUCUAGCAUACCAGACAGCGUACACGCUACGGGGUGCUCCGUACUUGCUGAGCUACGCUCUCUACGUUGCUUGCACAAUACACGUUCGCAAUGCAGCUGCACUUCAAGCCGGCCACAGGCGUGAGCAUUUAACACUAUUAGCCUCAAGUCUAGCAUGUCUAGAUGAGUUAACUGUCCCAAAUUCCGGGGUUUCGAAAGUCAUGGGCAUCAUUAAGAAACUCAUGGCCGCAAAAGAUGUUCAACUACCUCCUGAUAGGGACGAAACAGCUCAGGUACCACGGGAUGCUCAGGACUACUCUCAAGAUUUUGGACAUCAAAACUUAGAUGCUGUUUUGCGUACUUUUUCUGCCCGGUCAUCACAGAUGCAAGAUAUCUCGCAAAAUAACUCCUCAACACUGGUUAACUGGCUAGAUGGGCAAGAAGAGCCAUUUCAGGACGAUCUACUUUACGGGUUCAUGGGUGACUAUUGCCCUACGAACGGUGAGUUACAAGGACAAGCAUACCCUGGUGUUACAUGA